AUGACAAAGCGAACCUCCGCAAAAAGUGCACCUUCUGAUCGCUCAUCAACAAGCGCCGUGCAAGCAGAGAGGCUAGCAAUAGAAGCAGAUCAUGCACGUCGCGUUGCCGAAGCCGAACGUAGAUCCUUAGCUGCCGAACGCGAGGCACAGCAGCGAGCGCUUGCCGCAGAACGCGCUGCUUCUGAAGCAGAAAUGCGUGCCCAGAUAGCAGCACUAAAUAGUCGUUCUAGCCGCCGUAGCUCCAAGAACUCAGUAGAGAGCUGGUUGGACGCUAACUUCGCUACGACAUCCAAGAAUUGUGCAUCAGCCCCGAGAGAAGAUAUAGCAACAAACUGCGCGCCGGAGACUCAGAACCCAUCCAGUCCACCUGCCAUUCCUGCUGCAUGCGAUGCAGUACCUGCAGGGCCUGCAGUGCCGAUGCCCAUGGAGGGCCCUCACGGCGCUGCCUUCAAGGCCGUGCCACAGGAGCAGGCGGCCCAUAGUGGGCACUUCUCGGCGCACCCCAUUGUGACGGACCCGUACAUACCACAAAACAACACCAUAGGCACACAUACGCAUAAUUGUAUCACAAAUAAAAGCAUAGAAAACCACCACACUCUACACCUUGCUCGAGCAGUCGCUGACGUCGCUAUAAAAGCGGCCCAAUCAUCCAAGGUAAGUGCACCGCUCCCACUCUUCGAUGGUCGCGCGACGGAUUGGCUUAUAUUUAAAAAGUCAUAUGAUAAGUCCAGCCCGGCGCUAACACCAACGGAGAACUUGGCGAGGCUCAAUGCUAGUCUCCGUGGGGCCGCGCGCGAUCACGUAGCUAUACUGCUAGCGGCCACGCGCGACCCUCGUGAGGUCAUUCAUGCUCUUGAGGUAUUCUUUGCUAGACCCGAAUUCAUAAUACUUUCAGAGAUCUCGACAAUGCGAGCUCUCCCAAAAAUAAGUAAUAAUGAGAGCAUGAAGGAACUCAAUCUUUUUGCUUGCAAAGUACGCAGAUGCACGGAAGUCGUGCGACUGCUCAACCGACCAGAGUAUUUAGCGUCACCCGAUUUGGCCAACGAGAUCUUAACAAAAUUUACGCCAUUACUCAGGAUCCGUUGGGCAGACUAUGCAGCAAGCAAAGAGACUCUGGGCAAGUUUCGACUCGAACUACUGUCCGAAUUUCUUAUGCUCGAGGCGGAAUUACGUGUUCGGUAUGGAACCUAUUCUGAACAAGUAAAGCCCGAACCGCCCAAACGUCAAUGUCAUCCACUGACGUCAUGUCAUAGUACCAUAGACAAAGUUGCUAUUUGUCCUUAUUGCUCAAAGUCUCACAACAUUGAAACGUGCAAAGAGUUUAGUUUAGCUACUGUAGAAGAUCGAUGGAAGUGGGUCAUUGCUAACAAAGUCUGUUACAAAUGCCUCCAAAGCAAUCCCCAUUUCUUUCGCCGCUGUACGCUUAAGCAUUGUCAGGUGAAAGGGUGUAAGAGUAGAUUAAGCCAUAACUCCCUACUCCACAGAACCACCUCACCAACAAAGACUCAAAACGACACAAGUCCAUCGAGUGACGAUACAGCGCCGAGUUCGUCGGCAACCGUCACCCACAGUCGAUCGCUCCCUACGUCCCAGCGUCCACUACUGAAGGUAGUUCCCGUCACAGUAGCCGGCCCUAAAGGUACUUUCGAUACUUUUGCCUUGCUAGAUGAUGGCUCUACAGCCACCCUAUUAGACUCGUCAGUAGCGUCCGCCAUAGGUGCAAAGGGACGAAGAAGCCAUAUUAAGAUCGAUGGUAUAGGAGGUAUGUCAACUGAGUCCGAUAUAUCCCUAGUCGACAUCACAAUCAAGGGACGUUAUAGUACGGAGUGGCAUUCUUUAGAAAAUGUUCGUUCUAUUCCUAACCUGAACCUUGGUCCACAACAUAUUGAUCGCGAGUUUGUUAAAGGUUUACAUUAUUUAUCUGAUUUGGUCGAUUUUAUAUGUUAUGAACAUGCUAAACCGAUGCUUUUAAUUGGUAUCGACAACUGGAACCUCACCCUGCCCACAGAGAUCCGCCAGAGCUCUAAGUUUCAGCCUGUAGCCGGUCUCACCCCUCUUGGUUGGGUCCUUUUCGGUUUCAGCUCGAGUAAAACCAAACCAAUCGAGUUCGUAAACCAUACCAUUUCCACAACUGUAAAUCCGUCAAACAGCUAUGAAUCGUUGGAAAAUCUCAUAAAAGAACAUUACAAACUAGAUUCUAUAGGCAUUGUAGCUAAAGAUUAUCGCACCCCUACUGAGCAAAGAGCGUUAGAUUUACUAGAGUCCACCACUACUCGUCUUCCUUCAGGGCGAUUUGAAACAGGUCUCCUAUGGCGAGACAACUUAAAAGAUGUCCCCAAUAAUUAUAAACUUGCCUUGUCCCGCUUUAAAAGCCUAGAACGAAAACUCAUAGGUGAUAAGUCGCUUGCAGAAUCAUAUAGGCAACAGAUAAAUGCCAACAUUGUCAAGGGUUACGCAGAAAUAUGCACAGAACCUGCAGACCCCUCCAAAGUCACUUGGUAUCUGCCACAUUUCGGCGUCGUACACCCACAAAAAAAGAAACUUAGUGUUGUACACGACGCAGCAGCCACUUUUGAAGGUGUUAGCCUCAAUUCUAUGCUUUUAGCAGGUCCCGAUUUACUGCAACCUCUGUUAGCAAUCCUGAUGCGUUUUCGUGAAGGCCGCAUCGCUCUCAACGGCGAUAUUCGGGAAAUGUUUCCCCAAAUUAAAAUCCGGAAGGAGGACAGAGACGCUCAACGUUUCCUGUGGCGUAAUGAACCAUCCCAACCGAUUUUGGAAUACAGGAUGUCGUCGAUGAUUUUCGGUGCGGUCUCCAGUCCGUGCACAGCUCUCUACCUGAAAAAUAAAAACGCAUUAGAUCAUAAAAAAGAAUUUCCUAUGGUCGUAGAUGCUGUAGUUAACAACCACUACAUGGACGAUUACCUGGGUAGCGUCGACUCUGCAGAUGAAGCAGCUCGUCUCGUAGCUGAUAUUGUAGAAGUCCACUCUCGCGCAGGUUUCGAGAUGAGAAAUUGGGUUUCUAAUUCUAAAGAAGCUCUUACCUUGAUUCCUCGAGAUCUAUGUGCCACAAACAUCUUAGAGGUAAAUCUCGCAAACAAUGCUCCAAACCAUAAAAUUCUCGGAGUGUCUUGGAACAUCGUUGAUGACUCUCUAGGCCUUUUGCGAAGUUUACCCCCUAUCCAUGAGUCUUCUAAGUGGACUAAGCGCCAUGUCCUAUCACUACUAAUGCAAGUAUAUGACCCUCUAGGCUUGUUAGCUCCUAUUGUCAUAAGAGGUCGAAUUCUUUUUCAACAAACCUGGAGGCUCGGUAUCAACUGGGACGAUCACUUACCAUCCGAAAUUCUAUUAAAAUGGAAACAUUGGUUUGAGCACUUAUCAAAUCUCCGCCAAACUUCUAUUCCACGCUGCUACACAACAUGUGAGUGGACGGAAAAACAACUCCAUGUCUUUGCUGAUGCUAGCGAAUACGCAUACUCCUGUGUAGCGUACUGGCGUUUCAUAACGCCCAACGAUUGCAAAAUAAGCCUUAUUGGUGGAAAAGCGAGGUUAGCUCCUUUAAAGCCAGCCUCCAUACCUAGAUUAGAGCUCCAGGCAGCUCUGAUCGCUGCUCGUUUUUGUAAAUAUUUAAUAGAGGCUCAUAAACAUAAGCCGGUCAAAAUUUUCCUUUGGUCAGAUUCUUUAACAGUUCUCAAAUGGCUUCGUAGCGAUGCUCGCAAUUUUAAAGUAUUCGUUUCACAUCGGGUUGGAGAAAUUUUAGAACUCACAGACAUUUCUUGUUGGAAAUAUGUCCCAACUCAUCUAAAUGUUGCUGACGACGCUACGAGACCACAAUCAAAAUUCGAAAUUUCACGAUGGUUCUCCGGACCACCCUUUCUAUUAUUCGGUCAAAAUGAAUGGCCUGAGGAACCUUCCACAAAUGUGCGACUAGGCCCCGAAGAAAUGAAAUGUGAUCGAGAGCUAGUUGCACUAACAACAGAUAAUUCUCCGGAACUAUCCCCAGUAGUAGCUAAUCACUGUCGUUUCAGUAAUUGGUUACGUCUAGUUCGCGCUACAGCUACUGUUGCUCUCGCUGCUAGGUUUUUUAUACAUUUAUUGUUUCGUAAGAUAGGGAAUAGGGUUGACGAAGCCCCUUCUCGACAACUACAAGCCUCAGAUCUAGUCGCAUCAGAACUCCGCUUACUCUUGCGUUCCCAACUAGACUCCUUUGGAGAAGAACGUCGCCUUAUUAAAGCCGAAAAGCCCUUGCCUUCUAGAAGUCGUUUGAGACGGCUAGCUGUCACCUUGGACGAUUCCCAAAUAUUAAAAUUAGCAGGGAGGACAAGAGCCUGUGCGGGUUCAAUCAUCACAAGCAACCCCAUUGUGCUCGACGGCAAGCAUCCCGUCGUAAAACUUCUAAUAAAACACCAUCACAACAGAGCAGCACAUGCGAACACAGAAUUAAUUGUCAACGAAUUACGACAGAACUAUUUCAUCUUCGGUAUACGUCCAGCCGUAAAGAAAGUCGCCAACGAAUGCAUGAUGUGUCGCCUUCGUAAAAAGAACCCACCGGCCCCACCUUUCGGUGAUCUACCUGCAGAACGGAUGGCUCAUAGCGUACGCCCAUUCUCCUUUGUUGGGCUAGAUUAUUUCGGGCCAGUUACUGUAUCCAUUGGCCGACGAACCGAAAAACGCUAUGUGGCACUCUUCACUUGCCUGACAGUACGAGCCAUCCACCUAGAAAUUGUUGGCAGCUUAUCCUCGGAUGCGGCAAUCAUGGCUCUACGUCGCUUUAUAUCAAGGCGUGGAUGCCCAAUUAAAAUUUACUCAGACAACGGGACAGCCUUCGUCGGAGCAAAUAAUAUACUGAAGCAACUCUACCAUGACGACGUAGUCAAUGAUGCUGCCAAUAGAAGGAUCCAGUGGCACUUCAUUCCACCUGGGGCACCCUUUAUGGGCGGAUGUUGGGAGAGGCUGGUCCGAAGCGUAAAGACAGCUCUCUCCACAAUACUAAAAGAAAAAUCCCCACGAGAAGAGGUUCUACACACACUCCUCCUAGAAGCCGAAGCCUUAAUAAAUUCAAGGCCACUCACCCACGUCUCCGUAGACCCUAAUGACGAAGAAAGUAUAACGCCAUUUCACUUUCUAAUUGGUUGCUCCUCUCCCCACCAAUCAUUCGGAGAGAUGGAUGAACGCGACCUUAUCCGUCGAGUAAAUUGGAAAAAGGGCCUUCGUCUUGCUGACCACUUUUGGGCUAGAUGGUUGACGGAAUACCUCCCUACACUGAUUCCGAGACGACCAGGAGAAAAACCAGAAUUUAAAGUCGGAGACCCGGUUCUCAUUGCCGACGGCAACCUUCCGCGCGGUUCAUGGCCACGGGGCCGUAUCUUAAAAACAUUCCUCGGUCCUGACAAAACGAUCCGUGUGGCAGAGGUCGCCACCAAAGGAGGUAUCCUCAAGCGCCCAGUCCGAAAGUUGGUUCCUCUACUAGACCGCCAGCAUGUCAGCUCAAACUAA